AUGCGCUUCGCUACAACACUAGCGCUCCUCGCGCUCAUCGCAGCGCCAGCCACGACCGCCGUGAAAAAGGAGGACUUCAAGGAAUGCGCGCAGACGAGUUUCUGCCGGCGCCUGCGGUCGAUCGCGGGGCGGCAGGAGGCCGCCGAGGCCGACAAGCCUGGCUCCUUUGCUAGCCCGUACACGGUGGGCAGCGCCGUGCAUACGCCAGGCAUCGACACCGGCGCGUCGAGCUGGACGUUCCCGCUCAAGUCGAGCCUGUACCCCGCCAUCUCGUUCUCGCUGCGCGUCGACGCGCUCGCGGGCGGCUCGGUGCGGGUGCGCGUCGACGAGGUCGGCUCGAGCACCAAGUGGAAGCGGUACAACGAGACUGCGCGCUGGGCUUUGCUUGAUGCCGAGCCGGCCCUGUCGAGCACGGCAAGCAUCAGCACCGCGAACGGCGUGAGCACGCUCGCGUACGGCGACGGCCUCACCCUCGAAAUCACGCACUCGCCGCUCAAGAUCGUGCAGAAGCGGAACGGCGCCCCGCAGGUCGUGUUCAACGAGCGCAGCCUGUUCCACGUCGAGCACUUCCGCACCAAGCCCGAGCCCAUGCCUGAGGCUGUGGAGGGAGAGGGCGCCGAGGGCGACGCCGGCGCCGAGCAGGUCGUGCUCGCCGCGCCUGAGACGCCCGACCGCUCGUGGUUCGAGGCCGACGACAACGACCUGUUCGAGGAGCGCUGGAAGCAGUGGACAGACUCGAAGCCAAAGGGCCCCGAAGGCUUCUCGCUCGACUUCUCGUUCCCAGGCUCGGACCACGUCUUCGGCCUGCCAGAGCACGCGUCCCCGCUCUCGCUGCCUUCGACCGUCGGCGAGGGCUCGUACUACACCGAGCCUUACCGCCUGUGGAACGUGGAUAUUUUCGAGUAUCUCGCCGACUCGCCGAUGGCGCUGUACGGCGCGGUCCCGCUGCUGCACGCGCACAACAAGCAGAGCAGCGUCGGCGUGCUCAACCUUGUUGGUUCGGAGACGUGGGUCGACGUCGCGCACACAGACGCGGGGGUCAAGACGCACUGGGUGUCCGAGUCGGGCAUUGUCGACUUCUUGCUGCUGCCUGGCCCGCGCCCGACCGACCUGUUCAAGCAGUACGCCGACCUGACGGGCCCGGCGCAGAUGCCGCCCCAGUUCGCGACGGCGUACCACCAGUGCCGGUGGAACUACAACACGCAGGCCGAGGUCAUCGAGGUGCAGGACAAGUUUGACGAGGCCGACAUCCCGCUGGACGUGACGUGGCUCGACAUCGAGUACGCCGAGGAGCACCGCUACUUUGACUGGGACAAGAAGAACUUCCCCGACCCGGUCAAGAUGCAGGACGAGGUCGCGUCCAAGGGCCGCAAGAUGGUGGCCAUUGUCGACCCGCACGUCAAGAAGCAGGACUCGUUCCGCAUCUACACCGACUCGCGCGACCAGGACAUCCUGAUCAAGAAGGCAGACGGCAGCAACUUUGACGGCUGGUGCUGGACCGGCUCGUCGGUCUGGGUCGACUUCUUCAACCCCAAGUCGUGGGAGUGGUGGACCAAGAUGUUCACGUUUGGCGUGUGGAAGGACUCGACCAAGGCGCUGUUUAUCUGGAACGACAUGAACGAGCCGUCCGUGUUUGACGGCCCCGAGAUCACGAUGCCAAAGGACAACAUCCACGUCGGCGGCUGGGAGCACCGCGACGUGCACAACAUCAACGGCAUGAUGUUCCACAACCAGACGCAGCACGCCAUCACUGUGCGCGAGGCCGACGCCAAGCGUCCGUUCGUGCUCUCGCGCUCAUACUUUGCCGGCUCGCACCGCUACGGCGCAAUCUGGAUCGGCGACAACCUCGGCACAUGGGACCACCUGGCUGGCGAGACGGCCGUCUUCCUGUCCAACUCGAUUGCCGGCAUGUCGUUUGUCGGCUCGGACGUGGGCGGCUUCUUUGGUAACCCGAGCCACGAGAUCCUCGUGCGCUGGUACCAGGCCGGCGCGUUCAUGCCCUUCUUCCGUGCGCACGCCCACAUCGACACCAAGCGCCGCGAGCCGUACCUGUUCGACGAGCCAAUUCGGGGAUACAUCCGCGACGCGAUCCGCCUGCGCUACCAGCUCCUGCCUACGUGGUACAAUGCGUUCCACGACGCCGCGACCCACGGAUACCCCGUCAUCUGGCCCCAGUACGCCUACUUCCCCGAGGACGAGGGCGGCUUCGCCGUCGACGACCAGUACUAUGUCGGCGACUCGGGCCUGCUCUUCAAGCCUGUGGUCACCGAGGGCGCGACCACCACCGACGUCUACCUCGCCGACAACCAGCCGUACUACGACUACUUCAGCGACCGGGUGUACCCUGCUUCUGCCAAGCCGCGCAACGUGACGAUCGACACGCCGCUCGAGGCGUUCCCGCUCCUCAUCCAGGGCGGACACAUUGUGCCCAGCCGCCAGCGCGUGCGCCGCGCCUCGACGCUCAUGUGGCAGGACCCCUUCACGCUCGUCGUCGCGCUCGACCGCGACGGCGGCGCCAGCGGCCAGCUGUACCUCGACGACGGAGAGGGUUACGCGUUCGAGAAGGGCGAGUACGUGCACCGCACGCUCAGCUUCAAAAGCGAGCGCUACAGCGGCACGCUCACGUCCACCAAGGCGGGCGACAACGCGGCAGACAAUGCGUGGGCCAAGAAGAUUGCCCACGUCGGCGUCGAACGCGUCGUCGUUCUCGGCUUCCGCGGCCUGCCGUCGUCGGUCACCGUUGCCGGCAAGGACGCCGAGUUCGAGUUCAAGGUCGCCAAGCGCGGCGUCGAGAGCAGCGUGCUUGUCAUCAAGAACCCCGGCGUCAAGGUCACCGACGACUGGGUGAUUGAGAUUGCCUAGGCGCAGGCGUGAGAGUAACGCAGAUGUGUAGAGAUGCAGUCAAGUCGUGCAGUG